UGUCCCAUCCGAUGCUUCUCUUUCUUCUUCCUUUUGCCUUCCAACAACAAUAUUGUAAUUUGUAACUUUCUUCUUCCUUCUCUCUCUGGUGAUAUUGGUAGGAACUCAGCCCAAAUUGCAAAAUCUCCAUUUUAUAUCAAAACCCACUUGCAGAGUUGCAGUUGACUUUCAUUAACAUUCAAUCUUGGCGUGAGGAGCAACUGCUCGGUGUAGAGCUAUCAGAUUCCCUUUACAUUCUCAUAUACAACCAAUUAAAAGAUGGUUGUGUCGUAUAAUCCGGCUACCAUCUUCACCCACUUGCAGCUCGAUUUUGAACCACCCAUUGUUUUGAUUUUGAGGUAUCAAAUCCUUUCUCUCUUCCUUGCUCUGUUUUCCUUCUGUAAUUUGAGUUUUCUGCAGUUAUGAAUGAAGCUUUUAUAUUGCAACUGUGAAUUGGUUCUAAUUUAUACCCUAAGGAACAAGAAUCUAAUGCUAAGUUUAGAACUGGGUGCAAUUUUUUAGUGUUUCUGGAUGAUAUUUGCUUUGUUAGGCGUUGUUUUUGCGAUAGGCAAAAAAUAGCCUCAUGGAAGAAGGAGAUUGCGACUUUAGAGAGAAUAAAGUGGUGGCGGAAGGACUAGAAGUUGCUGGUGAUGAAGCGGUAGUUGAUGAACACCAAGUGUUUGAUGAAAUGCCUGUUGGAGUUCGACAAUUUUAUUUUGUCAAAGUUUUGGCACAUGAAAACUCAAACACAGAUGCCAUGAUCAAGGCUGAAGAGACGAUUACAAAGAUGAAUCAAGACCGAAUUUUGAUAGCCCAGAAGAUAAGGGACAGACAGAUGGACCGCGAUCAGGUGAUUGCCAAGUUGAACAACCAACUGUUCCAUGAAAACUGGGAUGAAUUCGACCUAAAAUGCUACAGAGACAGGAUGAAUUUACUCCAUUUAUCUUUAGAGAAACUGACUUCUGUAAACAAAGCAUGUAAAGGGAAACCAAAUAACUCGUGCUUGUCAAGAGGAAAAGUCAAUAAGCAAGAAUUAUCUUUCUUGAUGCUACAUGGGUGUAAAAACGUGGCUGAUGAGAGAAAGUUAUUAAGGGAGGUUAAUGCAAGACAAAAGAACGAUGGUGGCGCGACAGUAGAUGAAGUCAAUUCUUCUAAUGGAUCAUUGUUAAUGCAUCUAUGGCAUUGGCCAAUGGAUAUUCAAAUCGCUCGUGCAGUUAAGAGGAAUGAAGGUAUUGAUGAUAAUUCAACCGAGGGAGAGCUGUGGUCCACCUCGCGUUUAAAAAAUGCCAUUCAAGAAGAAUUACAGGAAAUCUACGACUGUUCAGAUUAUAUGAGGAGAAGACAGGCAAGAUUUAGGUCCAAAGUUAAGAAGACAACGAAAGAACUAGAGAAGGUAGAAAAGGGUAUAAGCUCUCUACAGAAACACUUAAUAUAUACCAAUCGCAGAAAGGCUGAGGCAUACGACACUAUUCUUAAAUUGAAGAAACUAUAUGGAGAAGAGAAUGCUUCACACUACCAAUAUCGUUCCCUCAUGAAGAAAGUUGAAGUACUAGCUAAAAAGAAAGACAUUGCAGCACUUGAAGAAUUAUCUCAAGGACAGGUUGACAAGUUUAUGCAACAGUGGAAUAGUUGCCUGGAGUUUAGAAACGAUUACAGAAGGAGAGUUGUCCCGUCUCUAUAUAGUCGAGACCUUUGCGUCGAUGGGAGGAUGAUCAAUAACCAGAAAUCAUCAUUAGUUGAGGAUGCUCGAAAAGUUACUAUACCGGAAGUGCUUUCUAAAACUAGAUUGAAAUGGUUGAUGAAAGAUGCUGAAGAUCUCUCUGAACUUCUUUCCUUAUAAAGGUAAAAUGCAAUAUAAUAAAUGUGUUCUCUGCAAAUAUGCUUUGGAAUGUUUAUUUGGUUUAUAUGUUCCUCAACGUUUCCAUUUCUGUAAGUAUUGUUCUAUGAGAUCAUACGCAAGGUUGAAAACACUGAAUGCAAGGAUUUCAAAUGGAUUGAUUCCACGAUUUCUGGAAGGAAA